UUGAUUGGGGGCCCUUACGGGGUUUUCUUCGCCUCGCCGGCCGAAGCAGGUCUCGCGCCGCGACAAGAAAGGGAGGGCCCUUCCCCUCGCUCCUGGGGCUUCACCUGGACCUCCUCACCUGGACAAGCUGCCUCUCCUCGCCCUUCCCCGAGCGUCGAGGACCCAUGCUUGAGGCUGUCCCCUUCGUCGGCGGGAAGCCCCGUCCUCGCUUCCUCCUUCUCUUUCUUCUCCUUAACUCCCAGCCGGUGUUCUCCACGCUUUUCGCGUCCCCCUCUUGUCCAGACCGCUUGGAUUUCAGAGAAGAAGGUACAACUAAAUUCAUUUAAAAUGUAUUUAGGAAAUCCAUCAGUCUUGCUGUUGCUGAUCGUUAGCUUUGUCACCCCAGGUAAGCUUUGCAUGUUGCGGCCAGUUAUUAACCUACUAGAAGAAGAAUAUUUUUCAGUUUGCUGUCCUACAUCAGGACAAGAGAAAGAAUAUACUGUAAACUGGUACAGAGAAAAUGAAGGAAAAUGGAUGUCAAUUCAAGAAGAUGGCAGAAUUGAUUUGAAUGGGACUUAUUUGCAAUUUUGGCCAGCUGUUCUGAAUGAUACUGGAAAAUAUUCUUGCUGUCUCAGCAAUGAAACACACAUCAGCUGUUUCAACAGGUCAUUGAAAGUCCUUCAAAGAAAUAAAGAAAGUUGUUUCAAUCCAAAUCAUAUAGAAACUGGAAUACCUAGAAAAACUGGACAAUCACAUACCUUAAACUGUAAUCAUAUUCAUCACCCUGCAAAUGUUGUCAGCAUAACAUGGUACAAGAACUGCAGCAGGAUCUUGGAUAAAACAGAGGAAGAACUGGUCAUCUUUGAGUUAAAACCUGGAGAUGUUGGGAAAUACACAUGUGUGAAAUCAUUGACUCAUGCAGGAAAGAGUUACAACAUCACACGUACAACUGAACUAAUAUUGCAAGAUCCUCAGGAAAACACAGGACUAAGUCUAAUUGGACCUGAGCACACUGUAUUAAAAACAGCAAUAGGUAAAAGUGAGAUCCUCAACUGCACAGCUUUUCUCCCUAACAAUUCAUUUGAAAGCCAUUGGGAGCUGUAUUGGCUAUACAAUGGCACAUUUGUAGACAAAUGUCAGGACACCAAUGAAGGCGACUCACCAUGUGAAAUGGACAGAAAAAAAGAAGAGGAAAAAUAUGUAUUGAUACAAUUGUGGCUUAAAAGUGUUAAAGAGGAGAACAUCCAUUCUUCUUAUGACUGCAUUCUCUCUGGACAUAAAACUGCAAGACAUUCAUUUAUAUUGCAGAAAGAAACGAAUCCAGAUCUAUCAGUCCAUGUUUUUACUACUGGAAUCAUUAUGGCAAUACUCUUUUCCUUUAUUACUGUAUUCAUGGCAAUUCUGUGUGCAGUAUUCAGAGUUGAUCUUGUUUUAUUGUACAGAGAUAUAACAGCAAAGGAUGACACUUUGGGAGAUGGAAAGUUAUAUGAUGCUUUUGUGUCUUACUUGAAAGACUCCACACCAAUAUAUGGUGAAGAGAGGAAAUUUGCUCUGCAAGUAUUACCCAAAAUAUUAGAAGAGCAUUUUGGAUACAAACUGUGUAUCUUUGAACGAGAUGUCUCUCCUGGAGGAGCUGUUGUUGAUGAUGUCCAAUCAUUUAUUGACAGAAGUCGAAGAUUAAUCAUUAUACUGAGCAAGAACUACAUCUCCGACCAAGUCAUGUUUGAACUCGAAACUGGACUGCAUAAGGCGUUAGUUGAAAGAAAAAUUAAAGUAAUAUUAGUUGAAUACAUGCCCAUAAGUGAUUUUGAAUUCUUGCCCAAGUCUCUGGAACUUCUUUCAUCCCACCAAGUGGUGAAAUGGAAAGAAGAGAAGUCGCUCCCAUUAAAUUCCAGGUUUUGGAAGAAGCUGCGCUACGCAAUGCCUGCGAAGCCCCCCUUGAAAAACUCACCAGCUCUUUUUCAACAUCCUAGGAAAGAAGGAGAGUUAUUAGUGCAUUCUGUAUCAUAUCCCAGCUGUCCCUGCUGAAGGCUUCAUUCAGGAUUUAUUCAGCCUAGCUUUUCAUCUGCGUCAUUUCAGAUAAUUGUAAAAGUUGCAAGCAGAAGGAUUGCCACAGAGCUCAGUAGAGAAUACAUUAUCUCUUUAUUAUUGACAGAUUUCAUUCAUAUUUUAAUGUUGCUAAUAUUCUGUAUGUCGACACAUAUUUGAAUUGCUGCUAUCUUCAGUUUUAAAAGUAUAUGUUUGUGGGGAAAAGAACAUAUGCAGGCACUAAAGGGCAACAGCAACUUUAAAAACAAAACAAAAAACACCUAAUUGGAUUAAGACAUCUUGAAGAAAUGUGUGGUUGGAUAGUUAUCACCAUUUGUAAUACUUAAGGUUGCCUAGUAGAUAAAGCACUAUAAUAAGUAGUACGGGUUAGUGACCUGUUUUCUAACUGUAUUUAAUAAUUAUAAUAAUAAUUAAUAAUAAUGUAUCAAUAGUAUGAGUAUGCUUGGUGAAAUAACCAUUUGAUAUACUUGUUUUGCUAUGUGACAGAAGCUGGCAAUGUAACAGAUGAUGGGAGAUUGUUCUAUUAUGAUUUACAUUACAGCCAUUUGGCUGCAACAACUGGGCAACCUUUAGAGGGCAAGUGUGUGUACUUGACAUUGGAUUAAUCUCAAGAGACCACAGUUUUGUAAACACUGGGCCUUCUGUGGUUAUGCUUUGUACAGGAAGUAGCCAUCUGACUCAUCAACCACAAUCUCAGUAGCAGGGAUGUUUGUUUCUGACCAGAGCAUUGCUCUCAUGUGACUAGAUGCCAUCUCGGAACUUAAAUUGUAGAGUAACUUCAUCUUUUCUUCUACACUGGAUAUUGAACAAUUGACAUGUUUUGGGCUAAUUAUUACUGUAAUUACCAUACUUUACACAAAUUGUGGUUAUAAAGCACUUAGGGAAAAAUUGAGACAAAAUCCACAAGCAGCACACAAGCCUCAUGCUCUUCCGGUCAGUGAGAGUCGGUCCACUGUGGACUUCUUUAGCAUCCUGAGGAUAGACAGCUCACUUCUGAUUGGUGAAUGAAGUUUUUUACCCACCCACCUUAUUUUUUAUUGGAGGAUGGUUGUCUCAUCAUUCAUUGUGGCCUCCACCUCUGGCCAGAACAAGUGUAUACAAGCACAGGGAGCAAGAGCUCUUCUGCUGCUUCGCCUUUCAUCUGGACCACCAUGCCCAAAGAUUUGGCAACUGUGAACCUCUUAGACUUUGGAACUUACAAAUAAUUUUAAGCCUUUGCUUUCUUAGAAUAUUUUCUGAUCUUGGGACUUAAUCUUAUUUCUGAAGAUGGAACUUAGAAUUACUUCCAAUUCUUUGGGUUCUUUUUUCCACUCUAGCUUCUACGCGUAACUAAGUUGAAUUAGAAUCAUAGAAUAGUAGAGUUGAAAGGGGCCUAUAAGGCCAUUGUGUCCAGCCCCCUGCUCAAUGCAGGAAUCCACCCUAAAGCAUCCCUGACAGAUUGUUCCAGCUGCCUGUUUAAUGCCUCUAGUGUGGGAGAGUCCACGACCUUCCUAGGUCAUUGGUUCCAUUGUCGUACUGCUCUAACAGCCAGGAAGUUUUUCCUGAUGUCCAGGCGGAAUCUGACUUCCUGUAAUUUGACCCCAUUAUUCUGGGUCCUGCAUUCUGGGAUGAUUGAAAAGAGAUCCUGGCCCCCUUCUGUGUGACAACCUUUCAAGUAUUUGAAGAGUGCUAUCAUAUCUCCCCUCAGUCUUCUCUUCUCCAGACUAAACCUACCCAGUUCUUUCAGUCUUUCCUCAUAGGGCUUUGUUUCCAGACCCCGGUUCAUCCUUGUUGCCCUCCUCUGAACAUGCUCCAGCUUGUCUGCAUCCUUCUUCACAUGCCCAAAGGAACUUAGUAAUGUUUUUGGCCACUUCGCUUUUUAUAUUCAAGUAAUGUCCAGGAGGAAGUAAAAAGGGAGAGUUAGCAAUUUUAGCAUGUUUUAGCUUUACAACACAAGGCAGAAUGCACGAGGGUAUUGGGAAGUUAUAACAAUAAUGCUAGAAGCUCAAUUUGUUACCUCACUUGCUACAUUUGUAGUGCCAGCAUUAUUAAUUGCAAUUCUUUUUGUUAAUUUUAUAUUUAGGUUACAUUCUUUUUCACUGCUGAUAAUGUAAUCAGAAAGAAAGCUUCUAACUCUCAUAGAACCACCAUGCUAUAUUUUCUUAAUCUUUGUAAUUUUCUUAAAUGAAGCAUGUAAUAAAUUUCAAUUCACUUUUUA